CAUGGUUUGAGGCCAACAGUGAGCCUGCUAUUUCUAAUCAAGCAAGGAAGUACACGUAUGUGCAGUUUCCACAAAAUUUUGUGUUUAAUAAAUGUUCUAAGAAAUGGAAGCUACGUAUAUGUGGAAACGUCAUUGGACAUAUGUAUUUUGUAUAUCCAGGUGUGGGUGAGUGCUAUUAUCUACGCAUGCUUCUGAACGUGGUACAUGGAGCACAAUCUUUUGAACACUUGCGCACUAUAAAUGAUAUAGAACAUGUAACAUUCAAGAAUGUAUGUCAAGCAAUGGGACUUCUUCAAGAUGACUUAGAACUAGAUCAGUGCCUUAAGGAAGUAUCAAUAAUACAAACUGGACAACAAUUACGGCAUCUAUUCGUCACUAUUUUGAUCAACUGCCAUCCAACAGAACCUGAAAAUCUUUAG